AUGCCUACCACCGACUCCGAUGGCAGUAAGCAGCUUCAUGUGGUGAUGUUCCCAUGGCUUGCUUUCGGUCACAUCAUCCCUUUCCUUGAACUUUCUAAAUCAAUAGCCCAAAAAGGUCACAAAGUCUCUUUUCUUUCCACCACUCGAAACAUCCAACGUCUCCCAAACCUCCCUUCUCACCUCUCGCCACUUAUAAACUUGGUUCCACUCACUCUUCCAUGUCUUCACCAGCUGCCACAGGAUGCAGAGGCCACCAUGGAUGUCUGCACUGAAGAUAUUCAAUACCUCAAGAAGGCCUUCGAUGGUCUUAAGCCAGAGGUCACGAGAUUUCUAAAGGCCGAUUCCCCAGACUGGAUAAUUUAUGAUUUUGCUCCCUACUGGUUGCCGGAGAUCGCUGCUGGUCUUGGCAUCUCGCGAGCCUUCUUCUCCAUAUUCAACGCAUGGUUCAUCGCUUUUCUAGGAGGGUCGCCGGAGGACAUGAUAAAUGGUUCCGAUGAUCGGACUUCGGUGGAGGACUUCCUAACGCCACCCAAGUGGGUUCCAUUCCCCUCGAAAAUAUGCUAUCGGAGGCAUGAGGCUGACUGGAUGGUGGACAGUAGUUCUCCUAAUGCUUCUGGGGUUUCAGAUGUAUAUCGUAGCGGGAUGAUCUUCAAGGGGUCUAACUGUGUGUUCAUGAGAUAUUGCUUCGAAUUUGAACCCCAGUGGUUAACCCUUUUAGAAGAGCUACACCACCUCCCGGUGAUUCCAGUGGGUCUAAUGCCACCGACCACAUCCGCUGCUGUCGGAGAUGAGAAAGAUGACACGUGGCUAACAAUCAAGAACUGGCUCGAUGGUCAUCAAAAGGGUCAUGUUGUGUACGUGGCGUUAGGCAGUGAGGUUAUGCUGAGCAAAACCGAUGUGAGUGAGUUAGCCCUUGGUCUCGAGCUCUCUGGGUUGCCGUUCAUUUGGGCUUUCAGAAAACCGGCGGGUUCCACCAAGUCAGACUCUGUUGAGUUGCCAGACGGGUUCUUGGAGCGAAUCCGGAACCAUGGUAUGGUGUGGACGAGUUGGGUACCUCAGUUACAGAUACUGAGUCAUGACUCGGUGGGUGGAUUCUUGACUCACUGUGGUUGGAGCUCGAUUGUGGAAGGGCUAAUGUUAGGUCAUCCUUUAAUCAUGCUUCCGUUUUUGGUGGACCAAGGGCUGAAUGCUCGAGUACUGGUUGACAAAAAGGUGGGAAUUGAGGUGCCAAGAAAUGAACAAGAUGGGUCCUUCACCAAGAACUCGGUGGCCGACUCACUGAGUUUGGUACUGGCUGAAGAUGAAGGGAAGGUCUACAAGGAGAAUGCGAUGGAUUUGAGCCGAAUAUUUGGUGACAUGAAGCUACAAAAGAAGUAUACAAACGACUUUGUAGAGUAUUUGGAAAAACAUAGGUACAACCCUUGA